CCAUUAUCCAGACCCGGUAUCCUGUAAGUCUCUUGGAUGCCACUCCUUUUGGUUGGGAUCUUUGGCGUCUGGCUUCGUCGGUACUAAUGAAUAAGUAUCGAAUGAUUGCUGCUCGCUAUACCUCGUCAUGCUAGACUCUCCUUCCAAGCGCAGAGUCCAUCAACAUGCGACACACACUCCUUCUACGACUGCAGAACUUGUUCGACCUGGAAUUCCCAGGCAAGGGGCUUAUACUGAAUCCGUUCGGGUCGUAUGUUACAGGAUUGGACAGCGACUGGAGCGAUCUCGAUAUAUGUAUCUACAGUGAGAACUUUCAGCCCAAUGCGACCCACUCCGACGUGACAUACCUUGCGGAUUUUAUGCGUCGGUCGAUGAUGAUGAACGUGGUUGCCAUUACAGAUGCCAAGGUUCCUAUCGUCAAGUUCACGGAUCCAACCAGCGGGAUCGCCUGCGAUAUGAAUGUCCAGCACCCAUUGGGCAUCUACAACUCGGACCUUACCAAGGCUUACCUCGAAAUUGACCCAAGGCUGAGCAAGUUCCUGUACUUGCUCAAGCAUUUCGCAAAGUGCCACAGCAUCCUCGACGCUUCUGCGGGUUAUCUAUCCUCCUAUGCAUACAUUCUCAUGGCCAUUGUGUUUUUCCAGGAUCAAAAGGACGCUUCUAUCCUGCCAAGACUCCAGCUCAGGAGUGAGCAGCCUCGCAUGUACAAUGCGCUGGGCAAGUCUCGCAAGCGCAUGCCAAACUUUGGUAGCUGUCUGUCGGAUGGGUCAAUCCCGGUGGUGUAUGCAUCUCAGAACAACCAAACAUUCGACUGCUCGUUCGACACGCGCAUAGAUGCCUACAAAUCGUAUGGGUUUCAUAACAAGAAGACGGUCGCUCAGCUACUAUUCGAAUUUUUUGAGUUUUUUGCGAGGAAAUUUGAUUAUCGGACUAUGGAGGUGAAUGCGAAGAAUGGAUGCGUUCAGGAGAGACCGUCGCUGGCGGGGGAAAAGAAGGCAGCUGAAAGGGCUCUGAACACGGCAGGAGCAGCAGCGGCUGUUGCCGCCAACAGUGCCGGUUCCGGAAAUUCUUGUUCAUAUGACUCUAAGAGGCGGCUUUGGCUAAGCGCUGCAGAGCAAGCAUAUUACAAGGAUCUGGAUGAGCACGGUGGCCUGCCGUCCGGUGCUGUGCCGAUGCCUGGAAUUGCUUUGGCAACCUCCAGUUCGGUCUCUGCCAACACCGCUACUUCCGCGACCACGACAGUUAAUGGUACAAUCACGACGAUGAGUACUACGACUACGACAUCGAGAAGUGGAUAUUACGACCGGUUCGGGACCGAACCGUUCUUUUGUGUGAUGGAUCCUUUUGUAGCGAACCGUAAUGUGGCAGGUACUUGUCGUGGUGAGCGUUUUAUCAAAGUUUGGAGGUGCUUUGACCAUGCGUAUAAGUGCUUGGCCAGAGGUAAGUUCGCGAGAGCGUUCGAGCCCUUAGACUCCAAUAAGUAGCAAUAGAUCUCGAUCUCCCCCCUCUCUUGAAACCUUUUAUUGCCAUCGUAAAGCUCAAAUAAAUAAAUGUCUGUCUGUAUUUUUUGGAGAUCUACUGUUUUAUGGAAUGCGAUGUGAUUGGACCGUUCGCGUUGUUCACCAACGCGGUUAACGCACGGAGGCUGUGCGAGUAAAAUAACCUGAACAC